UUCGAACCCCUCCCGACUCCGGACCACUCCACCUCCUCUCUCUCACGCCCACACGCUGAACCAACACCACGCCGCGUCCAUCAACUCUUUAAACCGAGGGAACUACACACCACGCAGUAAUCCCAGCCCUGCCCCUACGGACCACUCGCUCUCCGGAGAACAUCAAGCAGGGAACCAAGAACCUACUCAUGCUCAGGACAACUGGUUACUAAACAGUAACAUCCCCCUGGAGACCAGAAACAUACCAAAGCAGACAUUCCUUGAGACAUUACAGGACAACUUCAUUGAGAUGGACAUUCUUACCUCUUCCCGACAUGACGCUGCUUACAAUGAUGGGCACUUCCUGUUCAAGCCAGGUGGAACGUCCCCGCUCUAUUGCACCACUUCGCCAGGGUAUCCCUUAACAUCCAGCACGGUCUACUCGCCCCCCCCUCGGCCCCUCCCCAGAAGCACCUUUUCCAGGCCCGCCUUUAACCUGAAGAAGCCAUACAAGUAUUGCACCUGGAAAUGCGCCGCCUUCAGCGCUAUCCUCAUCUCCAUCACGCUGGUGGUGCUGCUGGCGUAUUUUGUAGGAAAGCCCAGUACUUUCUUCCCCGAAGACAGUUUUAUAGACACCGGGGAGAUCGAUGUCGGCCGAAGAGUCACGCAGAAGAUUCCUCCCAGCAUAUUUUGGAGAUCCCAGGUGUUCAUCGACCAUCCUGUACAUUUGAAAUUUAAUGUUUCAUUGGGGAAAUCAGCUCUGGUUGGGAUUUAUGGACGAAAAGGACUCCCACCUUCGCACACCCAGUUUGACUUCGUCGAGUUGCUGGACGGACGGAGGCUCCUGAGUCAGGAAGCCCGGAAUCUGGAAGGACCCCAACGGCAGCCAAAGAGCUUCGUGCCGCCAGCCAGCCACGAGACCGGAUUCAUUCAGUAUUUGGAUUCUGGAAUGUGGCACCUGGCCUUUUACAACGAUGGGAAAGAAUCCGAGUUGGUCUCCUUCCUCACCACCACUAUUGAAUCGGUGGAGAACUGUCCCAGCAACUGUUACGGAAACGGGGACUGCGUUUCUGGAACCUGCCAUUGUUUCCUCGGAUUUUUGGGGCCCGAUUGUGGACGAGCGUCUUGCCCAGUGUUGUGCAGCGGGAACGGACAAUACAUGAAAGGACGUUGUUUGUGUCACAGUGGAUGGAAAGGAGCCGAGUGCGACGUCCCCACCAAUCAGUGCGUCGACGUCUCUUGCAACAGCCACGGGACGUGCAUCAUGGGAACCUGCAUUUGCAACCCAGGUUACAAGGGAGAGAGUUGUGAAGAAGUGGACUGCAUGGAUCCCACCUGCUCAGCGCGCGGCGUCUGUGUGAGAGGAGAAUGCCACUGCUCCGUGGGCUGGGGAGGGGCCAACUGUGAGACCCCGAGAGCCACUUGUCUGGAUCAGUGUUCGGGCCACGGAACCUUUCUGUCCGAAACUGGUCUCUGCAACUGUGAUCCUAACUGGACUGGACACGACUGUUCCACAGAAAUCUGUGCGGCCGACUGUGGUGUCCAUGGCGCCUGCGUUGGGGGCGCCUGCCGCUGCGAAGAGGGCUGGAUGGGGGCGGCGUGCGACCAGCGAGCGUGUCACCCGCGCUGCAACGAACACGGGACCUGCCGGGACGGCAAGUGUGAAUGCAGCCCCGGCUGGAACGGAGAGCACUGCACCAUCGAUGUGAAUAUAUUGUGCUUUUUCACUUCUCCCUCAGACAUCCUGGAGUCUAGACUCUGA